GAAACCCACCACUAGCCUCCUCGAUCAAAAAGACUGCGUUUUGAAACGCUCAUGUGUAACCGCCGGGAGAGAGAUCCCAGGAUGAUGAUGAUUCGCGGCAGGGGAGGCUCGUGGGUCGGACUCUCGACCCGGUUGAAGCUUUACGGGAUCAGACGUCUCUGCACAAAAGGAGAGAAUGGUGGUGGGAACAAACUCGAGAAGACGACGAGGGAAUCUAGUGUUGUUGCUCAUCAAAACGAGACUGAAACUAGUGUUGUUUCUCGCUACGAUGAGACGUAUAAGAAACUCGAUAAGCUCGAUUUCGUGACCGCUGCCAAGAUCUUGUUCACUGAACAACCCAAGACCAAUAAAUUUGGGUUUGAUUGGCAUGUGGUUCAAUUCAUCAUCGUCUGCUUGCCAUCUGUAGCUGUGUAUCUGGUUGCUCAAUAUGCUCGCCGUAAAAUGAAGAUCAUGGAUGCUGAACUUGGAGAGAAGAAAAGGAAAGAAGAAGAAAAGAAAGAGAAAGAAGAAGCUGAACAAAAGGCGUUAGCAAAAGAAGCAGCAACCAAGUCUCACGACGAGCUAAUGGAGAUGAAAGAGAGACUUGGUAAACUCGAAGAGACAAUCAAAGAUAUUGUUUUGGAAGCAAAGAAACCUUCAGGGAAUGCUCCAACCAAAACCCAAGAAGAUCAAUCCACCAAACUCUCCCCAAAACAAGAACCAAAACCAGAAAAAAGAUCACAAGGGUAAUGUAUAGAAGUAACCAGGUGAUAAACCUCGUUGAGAUGAUUAGAAGGGAAACUUAGGUUGUAGAUGAACAAGGAUGUACCCUUUUGUGGGUUAUUAUGCUUUUGGAACUAAUACAGUAGUUGAUGCAAUUCUCUGA